AUGCGUUUCAAUAACAACUUCUUGAUCGCCUCCUUCCUCGGCGUCGCAACCGCCCUCCGCCGGGGCUGCAGUCCCGACAUUAAUAGCGGCUCGCCCAUGGCCGCCGGCACCGGCUUUUACACCAUCGUAGAAUCCGACACCAUAGAAAUUGUCGCGGCUGACUUUUGCACCGAUGUACCUACGCUGGAAAGGAUCAACCAUUACCCUGAGGCCACUUUCAGCAAAGGAAACAUUUAUAGAGUUCCUUGCAGAGCUCGAAAUCGCGAUUGCGCUAGGAUCCAGGGCAGUGAUAAAGGGUAUUACACGAUCAAUGAAGGCGAUAUGUUGAAAGGAAUUGCGGAAGAUUUCUGCACUAGUACUGAGAAUUUAGAAGCGUUGAACCCCGACUUGAUUAAGUUCGCCCCCGACGACAUGCCCCUCGGCGAUAGACUCAAAGUUCCUUGCUCCUGGAACUAG